AUGACGUCGAUAGGUACAGGCUAUGACCUGAGCAACUCCAUCUUCUCCCCCGACGGCCGCAACUUCCAGGUCGAGUACGCCGUCAAGGCCGUCGAGAAUGGCGGUACAUCCAUCGGCAUCCGCUGCAAGGAGGGUGUCGUUCUUGCUGUCGAAAAGGUCAUUGCCUCGAAGCUAUGGAAGCCCAAUGCCAACAAGCGCAUCGCCACCAUUGACAGACAUCUCGGUGUUGUCUACUCAGGCAUGGUCCCCGACGGCCGCCACUUCGUUGACCGCGCCCGCGAAGAAGCCCGCGGCUGGCGCGAGACCUUCAAGACCCCCAUCUCCACCGCCGACCUCGCAUCCCGCAUGGGCGGCUACCUCCAAGCUUACACCCUCUACUCCUCCGUCCGUCCCUUCGGCAUCACCGCCAUCGUAGGUGGCUUCGAUCCGUCAACCGAGUCCCCCGUCGACGGGGAGGUCGGCUCCGGCCCCAAGGUCGGCGCCGGCGGCAAGGACACUUCCAAGAAGCACGGCGGCCCCUUCCUCUACAUGAUUGAGCCCUCGGGCUCCUACUGGGGCUACUACGGCGCCGCCACCGGCAAGGGCCGUCAGGCCGCCAAGGCUGAGCUCGAGAAGCUUGACCUCGCCGAGGGCGGGCUCACCCUGAAGGACGCCGUCAAGGAGGCUGCCCGCAUCAUCUACGUUGCCCACGACGACAACAAGGACAAGGAGUUUGAGCUCGAGAUGAGCUGGAUCAGCGACAUCGACGGCCCCACCAAGGGCCGCCACGAAGAGGUGCCCAAGGACCUGCGCGAGGAGGCGGAGCGGUUAGCCAAGAAGGCGCUCGAGGGCGAUGACGAUGACGACGAGGACAAGAAGGAGGACGACAAGAUGGAGGAGUAG